AAGCUAAUUAUGAGCGGAGGCAGCUUUUCCAUCCCUGCACUUCUUACCAUCUCUUCAUUCAGUCCUGCAGGUCGUGAUGAGGACAACAAGCAACCAGCCAUAACAAGACAAGAGCAGCCACUACCAUUAUCACUGGGAAACCUGCGGGUUAAUUUGGUCUCUACAAACGAACAGGAUGUCUAAUAACAUGGCAAAAAUUGCAGAUGCACGAAAAACAGUGGAGCAGUUGAAAUUGGAGGUUAAUAUUGAUCGGAUGAUGGUCUCUAAAGCAGCAGCUGAACUGAUGGCUUACUGUGAAUCUCAUGCAAAGGAAGACCCGCUGGUGACCCCCGUCCCAUCCUCAGAAAACCCCUUCAGAGAGAAAAAGAUAUUCUGCACAGUUUUGUAAUUGUUAUUUGUAGAUCACAAGGUUCAUUGUAUUAUUUUCUAGGAUAUUCCAGAGACCCUAAGCCAAAUUUAAGUCACUUAAUAACCCUCUGGUGCUGUUUGGUCAUUUGCAACCAAAAAUAUUCACAUUUUAUGUUUAUUUUGAAUAACAAUGCACCUGAUUCCAAAGCUUAAAUUGUCCUGAAGUAAUAGUACAUUUUAGAGUGUAAAACAUGCUUUGGAAAAUAAAAAAUUUAUUUCUUUUAAAUUAUAAUUACAAUAACAUUAAAGCAAUUAUUAAAAGCAAUAAUCUGACAAGUGUCUUUAUUUAAAAGAUAUCAAACUUAAGUUUGUUUUCCAAAGCAUUGAUGUUUACAAAAAUAUAUAAUAAACAAAUCAAACAAAUACAAUUUGUUGCAUUUUCUUUACUUAACAGUAAUUUACAAAAUAUCAAAUUUAAAAAAAUUAUAAUCGUAUGGGAAUAACUGAAAAAUGCUACUCAAUAUUUCAAUAAGAUGGGUUUUUACUUUUUAAAAACAGUAAUUUGCAAAGUGUCUUAAUUUAAAAAAACAAGUCAGUAAGCUCCAAGGCAUUCAAGAUUUAUGAAUAAAUGAAUAAAAACAUUUUUAAAGGCUACAUUUCAAGUUACAAAGACUGAACCCAUUCAUUUUAUUGAAAAAAUGUUGAGGGUUUCACACUCCAUAUCUGUGUGUUGAACUGUAAUUUUAGGUAUAUUUGUGCUUCAGAAUUUUCAUCCAUCCAGGUCUUCCAUCCAUUCUUUUUGAAUAAGUUUUUCCCUCUUGAUGGCGCUAUAGUUUUAAAACGUCUGUCAAUCUUUAGUCACCCAUACAUCUGAAUGUUCGAUGAGGUUGUUUAGCCUGCAGAACAGCAAUAAAACGAGAGAGAGCAAAGUUCA